AUGGAGCUGCACAAUCAGUCCAGCUUUAAUCCACCCGCAUCCAUGCACAAGCUGGAUACUCCCCAGAGUUCUAUCUCAGAAACAGGACCAGAGGCAAAGGAUCCCUUCGGAAAUGAGAGCGAGACUGGCGUGAAAUACAAGACCAUGGCUUGGUGUGGCAUCCUGACUAUCCUCGCGAUCGGGCUCAUCUCCACGUAUACUGCAUACACCAUUGGGCAAUUCAAAUGCCGUUAUAUGCAGGUUCACAGCAUGGCUGAUGCUGGUCAUAUUUUGAUCGGCCGAGUCGGACGCACUACCCUCGAUAUUGCCCAGCUUGUCUUCUUUGUUCUGGUCAUGGGGAGUCAUGUCCUCUCCUUUUCGAUCAUGAUGAAUGUCCUCACUGAACACUCAACCUGUACUGUCAUCUUUUCCAUUGUUGGUUUACUCGUAUCAUUCUUGCUGACCCUCCCACGGCGACUUGAGAAGCUCUCUCAUAUCUCCUAUGUGAGCUUUGUCAGUAUCAUCGGAGCAGUGGUGACAGGUAUGAUUGGAGUCGCUCUCGUCAAGACAGGAGUUACCCAUACCCCAAGCUUUGUGCCCAAGCCUAAAGUGCAUGAUGCAUGUCUUGCUGUUGCAAAUGUCAUCUUUGCAUACGCCGGCCAUGUUGCAUUCUUCACCCUCUUCUCGGAGCUCAAAGAGAUCAAAGACUUUCCCAAAGCUCUCGCGCUGCUCCAGUUGAGUGAAAUGGUCCUGUAUACGGUCUCGGCCAUCGUCAUAUAUGUGUACGUUGGACCAGCUGUUGCCUCCCCGGCUCUCAAUUCUGCAGGAGAGUCAUUCCGCAAGAUUUCCUACACCAUCGCACUUCCCACGGUAGGUACAUCGAUACACUCGGUUUUGAUCGAGCUGACAUACAAUUCAAGAUUGUGA